CAUUGCGUAAGAUCCGAGUCCAGCAAUCAUCGCGAGACUGUCGACCUGCCGAAGGAAUCCCCGAAAGAUGGCGGCGCCGCCAGACGAGGGGAGCUUGGAGUCUCGCAUCAACAAAGCUACGAACCCACUCAACAGAGAGACUGACUGGGAGAGCAUUCAAGCUUUCUGUGAACGACUGAAUAAUGAACCUGACGGUCCUCAGCUGGCCACCAGGCUUCUGGCCCACAAGAUCCAGUCGCCCCAGGAGUGGGAAGCCAUGCAAGCACUAAUGGUUCUAGAAACAUGCAUGAAGAGCUGUGGGAAAAGGUUCCAUAGUGAGGUGGGGAAGUUCCGCUUCCUGAACGAACUCAUCAAAGUAGUCUCUCCCAAGUAUUUAGGCUCGCGUGCCCCAGAACCCGUGAAGAAGAAAGUGCUGGAGGUCAUGUUCAGCUGGACCUUGACACUGCCAGAGGAGACUAAAAUCUCUGAUGCUUAUCAGAUGCUGAAGAAGCAAGGCAUUGUGAAGCAGGACCCUGCACUUCCUGAUGACGGACCCCUCCCACUACCAGCAGCCAGACCUAAGAACGCCAUCUUUGAGGAUGAGGAGAAGUCAAAGAUGCUGGCGCGCCUGUUGAACAGCACUCACCCCGAGGACCUGCGGGCCGCCAACAAACUCAUCAAGGAAAUGGUGCAGGAAGACCAGAAGCGGAUGGAGAAGGUGUCCAAGCGGGUGAACGCCAUCCAGGAGGUGAAGGAGAGCGUGGGGCUGCUGACCCAGCUCCUGGGAGACUACAGCAAGGAGAGCGUCGAGAACAACGAGGAGCUGAUCAAGGACUUGUACCAGCGCUGUGAGAAGAUGAGGCCCACACUGUUCCGUCUAGCCAGCGACACAGAGGACAAUGACGAGGCCUUAGCGGAGAUCCUGCAGGCCAAUGACAGCCUGACCCAGGUGAUCAACCUCUACAGGCAGCUGGUGAAGGGUGAGGAGGUCAACGGGGACAGCUCCACCAUGCCUCAGCUCACAGGAAGUAGCACUGCUCUGCUGGACCUGUCAGGCCUUGACACUUCACCCUCUGCUCCGACUGUCCCAGAAUUCCCCUCUCAGCCCACCCCCUCACAGGAAAUUGGCAUGAGCCUGCUGGAUGAUGAGCUCAUGUCGCUAGGUUUGACUGAUGUUGCCCCUGCAAUCUCUAACCUGGCUUCCCAGUCUGGGGAUGCCACAACAUGGAACUCUUUUCAGUCCUCUGAUAGUGUCGAAACACCUGCUCCGGUGGCGCCUGCAGCGGUGCUGUUGCCAUCGGUGACGGCAGCACCUGCAGCCCCAGCGACCGUGGCCCCGCUUGCCUCGAGGGCCCUGGAUGAGCUGGACCUGCUGGGCAAGACGCUGCUGCAGCAGUCCCUUCCCCCAGAGAGCCAGCAGGUGAAAUGGGACAAACUUCAGUCUCACUCCAGACCCACACUCCGCGACCUUCAGACCAAGACCACCACAAACCCCAGCCCGACGCCCAGUCCCAUCCUGACCCUGGCCUCCGAGCAGCCUGGGACUCUCCUGGACUCUCAGGCUGGCAUUGGAGCUCCCUCGCUAGGCUUGACCACUAGCUCUUCUCCCCAGAAUGACAUUUCCUUAGCUAAUGUGAUUGUUCCCUUGGAGUCCAUCAAACCCAGUAGCAUGUUGCCUGUGACGAUAUUUGACAAACACAGUUUGCGGGUGUUAUUUCACUACGCACGGGACAGUCCCCCGUCACGGCCGGACGUGCUAGUGGUCAUCAUCUCCAUGCUGUCCUCCGCCCCCAUACCCAUCACCAACAUUCGCCUCCAGUCGGCCGUCCCCAAGACUAUGAGGGUGAAGCUGCAGCCCCCAUCGGGCACGGAGCUGCCCGCCUUCAACCCCAUCCUCCCCCCCGCCGCCAUCACCCAAGUCCUGCUGCUGGCUAACCCCCACAAGGAGAAAGUGCGAUUGCGGUACAAGCUCACCUUCGAUCUAGGAGAAGAAUCACAUGAUGAGUCUGGGGACGUUGAACAGUUUCCACCCCCAGAGAACUGGGGGGACCUUUAGGAGGACGGACCUGCUUCCCGUUUGACGACCCCUUCUGCUUCCUACUGCUCUUGCCUGAUGGCGUGAACUUGAUACAAUAUUCUUGUCGAUGGUCCUGCUUUUUGAAUCUGCAGUCCGUUUUCAUUGCCCACAGCGGACUCUUUGGCUCUGCCUCAAGCCUAUCUGUCUGUCUAUCUAGUGUGUCUGUUUCUUUCUUUUCUUUUGAAUCAUUCCAAAUGAUUGACGGUCAUGAAAUCAGCCAUGUUCCUCUGCUUGAACACUGUACUUGAUUUAGCUGUGUGGAAAUGUAACCGACUACAACAACAACAACAACAACAACAACACCCCCAUUGCUUUGACUUCCGAGCAAUUAAGUUGGGCCUUUUUAAACAGAACAUGUGUGUGCAUGAAUUUGUGUGUGUGUGUGUGUGUGUGUGUGUGUGUGUGUGUGUGUAUGAGUGUAUGUGGGAUUGUUUGCAUUUAUGUCCAGCAUUUACUCAUCCGUGUCGUCAUCUACUAUAGAAUGAAAUGAAGCCUUCAGUCGUCUCAGUUUUACCAGUUGCACAGUGGCAGACAUGCAUAGUGGAGCCAGUGAGGUUUCGCACUACACAACCGUGAGUGGAUAAUGUCCCUGUUACUGUGAUAUAAUAUGCAUCCAGUCUUCUACAAAGGAAAUCCAAACUAUCCCUUUACCAAGGACUUGAAGUUAAGCUUAUUGUUUUCAGCUGUUGUGUGUUUUAUUCAUUUGUUUUUCUUUUUUCUUCUUCUUUUGUUCUGUCUGUUAUGCACUUUGUUUUGCACAUGACCUCCCAAAUACUGACUUCUUGUUACUCUUCUACAUUAUGUAGUAUUCACCUUAAAGACAAAACACAGCAGAAUCUCACCGGGUCUUCAGAAGGAACACUAAAGGGGGAAUCAUGCAAACCUUUUUGUGUUCUAACCUUUGACCUCCUGCACGUCCCUGGUUGACUGCUGUUGACACCCAAAGGGAGCCCCACCCCCUCCUGGGGCUCGACCAGGCGAGCCGUCAAUGCCGAAUUCUUGUUUGAAAAUCUACCGUAUGUGCCUGAUCUGACACGUUUCUUUCGCAUUUCUAGGUCCCGUCUGAUUCGGUUUCAUGUCCUUUUUUUUUUAUUAUUACCUUUUUUUUUUUUUAUAGAUACAUGCCGCACAUUUAGUCUUUGAGUUUGGAAUUCCAGUUUGAAGAGAGCUGUUUGCAGUCGUUUUUUUUAUUAUUUAUGUUUUUUUUUUUUUUUACCCCUCGUCAUUUCUGGUUGGGAACGUAAUCGUGUUCACACACUAAUCAUACAGAGCCCCGUGGCCAGGGAAGAAAGGUUGAGAAUCUGUGUGUAAAUAUACCAGAUCCUAAAGAAUAGGAAAAAAAAACUCCAAUAAUUGGAACUCUCAUCACCCUCGGAAAACAAACCAUCCUACAUGUGCUGGCUUUCUGGAUCUUCCCCUGGAAUAUUCUGAUGAGAAUUCUAUUGUAAUGUUGCACUUCUGACUGUAACCCCCCCCGCUCUGUCCUUGUCUGGUUGAGCCUGUCUUCCCAGCCUUGGGGAGGCUGAGAAUGAAUGAUUUCCCUCCAGGAGAGACUGAACAGAUGAGGUACUCUGUAAAUGGGAGUAGAAUGGCUUCCGCCUGAGGAGGAAUGCCGAGGCACUUGGCUGCCAUAGCAACGUGGCAUUCUUGCAGUCAACCUAACACAUUCCAAAUACCCCCAUACGCCCACCUGCACCCCCUCAACGUGCACACAGCCCGCCCACUUCACCACCCUCCCCGCCCACUUCACCACCCUCCCCUCACUAUCUCAUCACGGUUCUGACUUUGUAAAUAGUAUCGGUAUUGCAAUUAUGUACAUUUGCCAAAAAAAAAAAAAAUACAAAGAUGCAAAUUCAUUAUGGAGGGAAAAUGGAGAGAAUGUAGUGCAAAUAUGUAUUUAAGGGAAAUAAAAGUUAUUCUUUUUCUCGGGGGUUUAAAA